GAUCAGUCUUCUCUGUAUUUGUGCCGUUCCAGCGACGGAUAUAAACGCGGCUGUUCUGAAAGCAUUGGAAAUGCUGAAGGUUUCUAAGCAGGAGAGGAAGCUCCCUGAACGCAGCGUCUCCAUUAUCAUUCUGCUGACUGACGGCGACCCCACAUCCGGCGUCACUAACCUGGGGCAGAUUCAGUCCAAUAUAAAGGCAGGGAUUGACGGCAGGUACACGCUGUACUGCCUUGGCUUCGGCUUUGACGUCAAUUACAACUUCCUGGAGAAGCUGGCUCUGGAGAACGGGGGCGUGGCUCGGCGUAUCUACGAAAGCUCGGACUCCGCCUUGCAGCUCCAGGGGUUUUACGAAGAGGUGGCGACUCCUUUGCUGCAGCAGGUUGAGCUGCAGUACCCGGGAAACGGGGUCUCUGAUCUGACAGAAAAUGUUUUCAGACAAUACUACAAUGGCUCAGAAAUUGUGGUCGCUGGGCGGAUUUCCAAAAACGACCUAGAGAUACUUAGCAUCCAGAUAAAAGCAGCGGCAUCAAGCAACGACCUGACCCUCACAGCCGAGACGCCGGUGGAGGAGAAGGACGAAGCUGUGAAGAAGCACAAGUACAUUUUCGGGGAGUACAUCGAGAGGCUCUGGGCUUACCUGACCAUCCAGCAGCUGCUGUCAAAGGCCAUUUCAGCUCAGCCUGAACAGAGCAAAGCCCUCAACGAGAAAGCUCUGCAGCUCUCUUUGAACUAUAACUUUGUGACUUCACUGACAUCGAUGGUGGUGACAAAACCCGAGGAAGGGCAGACAGACCGAACCAUGGUGGCACACAAACCAACUGAAGGCGAGCCAGAAGACAGAGCUGACUUCAGUCAUCCUGGACUGGUUGGAUUACCGGGAAUACCAGGACCGGCAGUAGGAGGGGUAAUGUUAAAUUCCGGUCGUUCUUAUCUCAAGAAGUCACAACAGGGCUCUGCCCUCAGAUACCCCAUAGCUUUUAAUCCUCCAAUGUUCUCGUUGUUGACCCAUGACAGCUCUUAUGACUUUGAUUCGCAAGCUACACCACAAAUUCAUAAAGCACGACCAACCCAUACAGCUCCACCACUAACCCACACAGGUAAAAAAAAAAAGCCAAAAACGUAAUGCUUCACGUAGGCUCCAAAAAGCAUUGCUGACGUCUUUUGUCCUCUUGUACCCAAAAACACAGAAAUUUUCAGAAUACAAGUUUGUUACCUUUGUUACCCAAGUAAAGCCCUCCAGGACGAUGUCUCCUUUUCAGAAAAUGCUACACAUUUCUAACAUGAUGCUUUUUGUUAUUGUCCCAGUUGCACGCUUCCAUUCGCUAUAAGGGGCUCAAAGGGGAAGUUUAAGAAAACCAAUCUGCUAUUGCAAACAUGUGUUUUCACUUUAAAACACGACACUCACACUGCCUUGGUCAUUUCAAC